GUGUUUUGCCCGCCGGCCUGCUAUUAUUGCGGAUAUUGAUGCUGCUGCUGCUCCUUCGCCCCAAAGCUUCGAGCUCCGCUUUAGACGCCGAGGCAGAGCUGCAUCUCGAUCCUGCGCGCCUCUCGACUCGUCGGCUGGGACUAACAACCGCGUCCCCGCAAGGGUAGCUCUCGCCUUCACAAGCGCAGCUAUACCUACUUACUAUACUGUGCUGUCUGCUGCUGCUGCUGCUGUCUUGUCCUCGACCCUCGCGAGGACCUAGCUUAUGUGCAUCGUUGCUCCCGCUAUCGUGGUUGUCUCUCGCGCGGGGCGGUCUUUUCGUCCCUAUCCUUUCUACAUCCUGGCCCACAGAUCGGGCUUCCAGCUCCCGGCCUCGGCUUGUGACCGCGUGUCCAUCCAGAAUCCCCAAUCAUGGCUCUCGAGGCACCCUUGAGGACCUCGACGGGAAGCAUCACCUCCACCUACUCCCCACACGCCGAUAUGUCGCUCGCAUCGGGUCCCGAGUCCCCUGCUCUUUCAUCUCAAUAUAUGGCCUCCUCUUCCGGUCCAGACUCUCAGUCCCUCCGCCCGAAUUCCUUUUCCCGGCCUGGCUCGAAUCAUCUCAUGAGCCCAAGCAGUGACAUAGUCGGCCCCUCUCCAGUGACGUCAAACGGGACCGAGACAACAGAAAUCGAGGACGAGAUUGCCGAAGGGCAUACCGACGAAGGGAGGGGCCCUGCACAUGGACAUCCUUCGCUUAUGAUGCUACGGACAAACCUUCCGGACCAUAUAAGGAAGUCUGUAGGCGAAGAGAUCGUCUCGGUAAUACACGCACCUCAGAGCUUCCAGAACUGGAAAUCGAGCGACUCAAUAUCUAGAUCGAGCCUCUCCAAUUCGGUUACUGGCAUGAGUGCGGAGGGCACCAUUAGUCCUCCGCUGAGUGAGCAUUCAACAGUCAAGUCCCCUCCUCCAACCCAUAUUCCGCCCAGCCAUUUUCUGCCCAUGGUCAACACCAAGGUGAAGCCAGUGCCUUUCGGCCUGGAUACCGCAACUCCGCAGGCUCAGAAAUUGGAAGAUGUCUUCGCCAACGAGCCCUCCAAACUCAGGUCCAGUACUGCGAGCAGUCUUGAGUGUAUGAAACCACAAUCCUCGGCCAACGAGCUCACAUACUUACCCGACGCCGAUGAGGAGUACGAGGACGCGGACGAAUUUAGCACGACAUCGGCGAGGGCCGAAGACAGCGAAGUGAAGGCAUUGAGGGCCGCUCUAGAAGAAUGCUGGACUCUGUGCAACACACUUGCAAACCUCAGCUCGAUCCACCGGGAACGCGUCUUCAACAGCUCGGGAACUCCGGAUGCUCACGAGAAGGCGUGGAAGUGCUGCUGGAAGCUCUGCAAGCGCCUCUAUACUAGCCGCGACGAUCUCCACGAGUCGUACAAUGUCCGGACAAACCUCGACCUUUGCCGCGAUUUUUGCCAAGCGUUAUUCGAUGUGCGACAGAGGAAAGAAGAGGUGGCUGACUCUAUACUACGAGUCAGCUUUGAACUAAACAACCACUUGUAUAGCGCCCAAGACAGCCGCAAUCUCCCCGAGGCGUUCAGAGAACGAACGUUGGAUUUUUAUAUUACUCUAUGUCACCGCCUAAUGAAGCAGCGAAAUGAACUGGCCGAGGAGACGGACUCGCUGCUGCGAGCCUGUUGGUCAUUGGCAGAAAUGCUUUUCAGUCUGCGGCAGAACCGACGAGACAACAAGGCACCCGACGAGGAGUUGCUUGGAUCGGCAGUCCAGGCGUGCUGGGAGCUUUGCGACAUAUUCCGGGAGGGCUGGACACAGAUCCGACCCGACCGAGGCACCCCGCGGCCAAGUCAAGUCAACUUUUUCUCCUCUGGGCAUCCGUCCGACAUUGCCCGCUCAGGCGCUGGAAGUCGCGCAUCGCUGCACUCGAAGCGCGAGAGCCUUCGCAAGUUCGAGGACACGCCUAUAUCGCCCGAUGCAAGUCCCCAGAUGCCCAACAUAAUAGUUCUAGGUACCUCGCUCGACUCUCGAAGUGACCGUGGGGGUGAGCGGGGUCGAUGGUCCAGCAAUGCAUCCAACCUUUCUGGCUACAGUCAGAAUAGCCAACAAAGUCAUCAUACUUCUAGCACAGCCACAACAGCGACUGCUUCCAUUGAGGAUUUGAAUGUCACACGCAUCAAGACGCUCAUAGUCAAGGCUGCAAUGAACAUCGGCUUCAGUCGAGAUGCCGCAGCAGCUGAUACUCUUGGUGGUGCAUCGUCGCUACAAGCCUUCGUUAAGAGCUUACCGACAGGAUCGUUUGGCUCCCUACCAAGUCAUGCCACUCUCCUACAGAGCUACAAGAACUUGGUGCUAGCCGACGCAACCUUCCGCGCCUCAGCCAGCCUACCCACCAGGGGAAAACGUGUGAACGCCCUCGAUAUCGCUAAGAGUGUCAACUGGAUGAUGAUACGGUCUUCCCAAUAUAGUUUUCUGAGGGAUUUAUUCAAGCUUGUGUUCGGCUUCCAGCUCGACGAUGCCGAGACGAGGAAAAGUGUUUCAAUCGCCAUUUAA